UCAACUAUAUUUUUUUAUUUUAAAAUUUUCUUGAUGAAAAAGUUUUCAUGCAUUUGAUUUUCAUAUAAAAUUGAAAUAUACGACGAAAGUUUGGACUACACUGUAGUCACUGCAGGCAAGAUACAAUAUGGCGUUACUUGUAAUGUCUUCCGAUUGGUAGAAUGUAUACAGAAGAAGAACGGUGAUUGGUUACUCGAUCCGAAGACGAAAUUCAAAUCAUAAGAAGAAGUUUAUAGUCGUUAAAUUGGGGAAAUGUAUUUUUUUAAAGUACUCAUGUAAGAAGUUAUAAAUUUAUGGUUUUAAAUCGCGUCGAGGUUCUUGCCAAUCUUUCAUUGUAAUUGUAAUCCAAACUGUAUUUCUUGUACAAGUCUUCCCUUCGAAAGUUAAGCGAUAAUGUGGGCUCACGAGCAACAACACUUGACGAGUCCUUCAAAUGAGAACAGAGAAGAAAUAACAAAAACAACUCACGGAAAAUGGUACGGACCAAAUACACCUCACAAACAAAGACGUGCUUGUAGCUCAUUAAGCGAAAGUCCUCGUUUAUGUCUUUCUAUGUUUGCAAACACACCAAGGAUAUCGUUUGGAAAAGUUAAAAUUGGUCGUAGUCGAACUAAAAGAGUUGUUAUUGAAAAUCCUUUGAGCAUCGCUCAAUGUUUGCACUUGAACAAAUGGCCUGAGGAUAAAGGGUUCAAGAUCUUACAACCGGUUGAACAUGGCGAAGAAUGCACCUUUACUGAUACUCUUCAUCGGGAUGUAGAAUUUGUAAUUCCAGGAUUUAGUGAAAUGGAUUUACCUAUAGUCUGGACACCAACUACUGAGGGAAGUUUCCGUGAAGUGGUGACGUUGAAUCUGGGCGAUUUCAAUCGUUUGAAUCUUAUUUUAUUUGGAAGUGCGUUUGAUACAACUGUAAAACAGAAGCCUAAGAUGAAGAUUUUGUUACCUGAAGAUAUGAAAAGAGCUAAUGGACAUUUUUCAACCAAAAGGAAGAUGUGUAUGAGCAACAAGCAAGCCUCAAAGAAAGUACCGCCAAAGAGAAUCCUUAAAGAGAACAAUGCUGGGCUUCCUAAACCUACCAAAACAGAUUCAGGCUCAAAUCAUGGAUCAAAUGUGGAAAAUAGACUGCCAAUGAUGAAAGACAAAACUAUGAAAGGAGAAAGUAAAAUGGCAAGAAAAUUCAAAGCUAAAGUUUCCUCAAAAGGUGUGGCACCUUCACAUUUGAAUCUAACGAAGCAUCUCACUACAGAACGAAACCUUCCUCGACAUCCGCUACCUUAUGCUGCAAAAAAUAUGUACUAUGAUGAGAAAUGGACAGAGAAACAAGAAAGAGGAUUCACCCAAUGGUUAAACUACGUUCUCACCCCACCCGAUGAACUUGGAGAUUAUGUUCAACCCACGUGUUCAUCGUCUGGUAUUUUCUCGGUCAACGAUGUUUAUUCACGUGAACAGCAUCUUGCUCCCACUAAGGAAGAAUUGUCUUUGCGUGCCUACACAGCCCGCAGAAAGAUGUCACGUGUUCGACGCAGUGCUUGCCUGCUUUUUCAAUCGCAACCGUUUGCAAUAGUUGCAAAGACAAUUGAGUCAGAAGUUGAGAUGUGUCGUCUAGCAAUCCGUUCCGACAAACAUCUCCAUCAAGAUUUAGGCAUUAAAGAAUCCAUGUUAAAAAUGCUACUUUCCUACAAUGCUCUUUGGCUUCGUAUUGGACUUGAGACUAUCUAUGGUGAGGUGCUACCAGUACAAUCAAAUGACGAUGUACUUGGUAUAAGAAAAUUUUUAAAGAGAAGAUUUUUAGCCAAUCCCGACGUUGCGCUACGCUAUCGUCAUGCUACUGUGGCAGAGGUGUACAGACCUGGUUAUUACGAAGCGCUCAACAAGUUUACUUUAAAGAAAUUUCUUUUGUUGAUUCUGUUUCUGGACAAGGCAAAGUUAAGUCGUUUGAUAGACCACGAUCCUUGCUUGUUUAACAAGGAUGCAGAAUUCAAGAGUAGUCGUAUGUUGUUGCUUGCAUUUUCUCGCGAUUAUCUCAAAGGCGAAGGUGAUAUAACGAAACAUCUUGGUCUACUUAAUUAUGUCGUGACACACGAACAGACUCCUCUCGACGAAAUGGAUUAUGCUGUGACAAACCUUGCUAUUGAUCUUCGCGAUGGCGUUAGGAUCACACGCGUUAUUGAGCUUUUGACCCAGCAGUGGUUUCUGACAGGAAAGCUACGUGUGCCAGCGAUCAGCAGACUUCAGAAAAUCCACAACGUAGAUAUUGCUUUGAGUGCCUUAAAAGAGAGGAGAAUUAUUUCAGAUGAACUAAAUUCCGUCAAUCCUCGGCACAUUGUCGACGGUCAUCGUGAAAAGACGCUUUGUUUACUCUGGGUUAUUAUACUACAUUUCCAGGUAAAUCUGGUUGUCAAUGAAAAACAAAUCAGAGAUGAAAUCCAAUUUCUAAAAAAGUAUUAUGAUCAAAGAAAUCCUAAUCUUCAUAAAUACUUUAUCAACCCGUCAAAUGAUGUUUACAACAAAUCUGAGAAAUUGGCUUUGCUUUUGACGUGGUGUCAGUCGGUCUGUCGCCUGUUCAACGUCAAGGUGGAUAAUUUCACUGUAUCAAUGUCAGAUGGACGAGCUAUGUGUUAUCUAGUUCAUUACUACCAUCCACGUCUUUUGAGAGAGGAGGAAAUUUGUCAAGAGACAACCCAAACCCGCAAUCCUUACAUACUGCAAAAUAACAAAAGUUUUGAUGAUGACAGUCUUAACUCUGACAACGACAGUUGUCAUAAGGAUUCUGAUAGCGCCAAUUUUAACACAGCCCAGCUUAAAGAGAACGAGAAAAGAAACUUCGAACUUCUUCAAGAUAAGGUGAAAGCGUUAGGUGAUUUGCCUAGGAUGCUGAAAUUUAAAGAUAUAUCCUGCACAUUACCAGAUGAAAAAGUAAUUAUUACAUAUAUUUCCUACCUAUGCGCUCGUUUACUGGAUCUGAGACUAGAGGGUCGUGCAGCUAGAGUAAUUCAAAUGGCCUGGCGAAAGUACUUCCGUAGCAAGCAAUUGAUUGCGCUCAAGCGAAGGAAUUAUGCUGCCUGUGUUAUCCAGAAACAUGCCAGGUUGAUGAUGCAAAGAAAACAGAAAGUUCUCAUCUUCAAUUCGGCUAGAAUAAUCCAAGCAUACGUUCGCGGUUUUCUUGUAAGACGUAAUCUCCAUCAUCGACACCAGGCUGUAAAUAUCAUCCGGACAUGCUACCUGUCCUAUCGCGUUGCACAGAAGACUAGACAACAUUUCAAAGAUCUCAGGAUGGCUACCUUGCGUCUGCAAUCACUGUAUCGUGGCAAGAUGGCAAGACGUCAUGUAGAGAAAAUAAGAGCGGCACGAAUUAUUCAGUCUCGAUGGCUUAGCUAUCUAACAAGGCGCGAAUUUUUAGCACAGAAACAGGCUGCAUUGGUUAUCCAGUCUGAAGUGAGAAAGCGGAUCGUUCAACGACAUUAUCGAAAUCUGAAGGCGAGCGUUUCCUUUCUGCAGAAACGUUACAGAGAGAAGUUGAUGGCAAAGCAAACUAGAGACCGAUUUGUUCAUUUGCGAAUUGUCGCAACGAACUUGCAAGCAAUUUACCGUGGAAAUGCAACUAGAAAGAAAGUCCGAGUUUCCAGAGCCAUCGUUACAAUUCAAAAGUCAAUGAGAAUGUGUGUGUAUCGACGGGAGUAUGUGAGGAUUAGAGGUGUUAUCAUCAAGUUACAAGCCAUUGUUAGAAGAAAUAUCUCUCGUAAUAAGUACAAAACGACGAUGUCCGGCAUCCUUCUUAUUCAACAAAAAUGGCGAGCUUAUAAACUGGGUAAACAUACAAGGGAAAAAUACCAGCAACUAAAAUCCAGCACGAUCCUCUUGCAAUCCUACUACAGGCAACACCAAGCUCAGAGACAAUAUCUCGCUAAAAAGAAGGGAAUAGUUUUGAUUCAAGCAUUUGUUCGUGGUUACACGACGAGAAAAAAACUGCAACAAAGGGACGAUGCUUCACGAGUCCUGCAAUGUCAUUAUCGAGCUUAUGUAUUGUCAAAAAUUGUUCAAGAAACAUACAAGAACACUAGACACGCCAUAAUCAAGCUUCAAGCAUUAUGGAAAGGAUAUCAAGUUCGUAUGAACUAUAGUAAACAGAGGACUUGUAUCAUUCUUAUCCAAUCCAGAGUCCGUGGUUACAUCAUGAAAAGACAAUACUUAAAAAUGAGAUUUGCUGCAGUUGUUCUGCAAACGCGUUUUCGUGCAUUUCGAGAAAUGCUCAUCGCUCGUGCUGAAUACUUAGAGACCCGUAGAUCAAUCAUCAAACUCCAGGCUGUUGUACGCGUUCAUCGUUUUCGUCAAGAACUUAGACAGAAAGUCCUUGCAGCCGUUCUCAUACAAUCUUCGUUUCGCGGUUACGUCACACGGUCUCGAUAUGUAUGUUUGAAGGAAAGUGCCAUCAUUCUACAGAGACGGUAUCGUGCAUGGAAUCUUGGUCAUCGGAUGAAAAACGAAUAUAAUUUAACACGUGAUGCAAUCGUGACCAUACAGAAGCACACACGUGGCUGGGCAGUGAGAAGGGAAAUGAGAAGACUGAGAAAUGCUACAGUAAGAAUACAAGCUGUGUACAGAGGUUAUCAACAGAGAAAUAUGUACUCAACUUUGCGUGUGUCGGCCAUUUUUAUACAACAAAAGUAUCGUGCAACCCGCAAGUCUCGAAUUGCCCGCAAGGAAUUCAUACAAAAGCGAACUACAACCGUACGCCUUCAAGGUUUUGUUCGUGGAAGAUUAUGCAGAAGACAAUACGAACGUGUUAAAAGCUCUGUUAUAGUUAUUCAAACUCGUUGGCGAGCCUUGCUCAACGCUCGCAAAUCAAGAGCAGAAUAUCAACACAUGAGAGCAUGCGCAAUCACCAUUCAGUCUUUCACCAGAGGACUGCUGGCUCGCAGGAUAGCACACAGAGAACGAGCUGCAGUUAAAAUUCAGUCAUUCUGGAGAGGUAUCGUUCAGAAGAUUAGCUACCAUAAGUCUAGAAACGCUGUUAUGAAAAUACAAACUUGUCUACGUAUGAGAAUCGCAAAGAAGAAAUAUGAACACUUGAAAAACACGGUUGUACACCUUCAGAGACUGGUGCGAGCCAAUCAACUGUGUCGACGUCAUACUAUGGAGUACCAGACUAAACGACAAGCUAUUAUCGCUUUACAAGCUUCUCUACGUGGUUAUUGGUUGAGGAAAAAGUUGAAAAUUAUGAAUGAUGCUGCUAUCAAAAUUGAGAGUGCUUACAGAGGAUAUUCAACUCGAAAGCGUCACCUAAGGGUGACUCGUUGUGUUCUCUUACUUCAAAGAAGGCGACGAGCCACAAUUUUGGGCAGAAAAGCGAUGAUUGACUACCAAAGAAAACGACGGUCCGUGAAAUUUCUCCAAUCACAGUUCCGUGGUUUUAUUGCAAGAAGAAACUACAGGGAUAUCCUAAGGAAAAUUAUUUCUCUUCAAUCCGCUGUACGUGGCAUGCAGGCGCGUAAGAAGUAUCUAAAAACAUGUAAAGCUGCCUUGGUCAUUCAGGAACGUUAUCGUGCCCACAAGAAAGGUUUGAUGAUUAAAAAAAGAUAUCAUUUACAACGAGGUGCUUGUAUUACCGUUCAGGCUAUUGUAAGAAGAUGGUUAUGCAGAAAACAAUAUCAGAGCAUGCGCAAAGCGAUUGGAACAAUCCAGUUAUAUUAUAGAGCAAGUUGUUGGGCCAAAGAGGAACGGAGGAUGUUCCUUAAAACAAGGAGUGCGAUCGUGACCAUGCAGGCGUUCACACGUGGCUGGUUAGCACGUCGCAAAAUUCAACGACAACGCGCUGCUACACGUAUUCAAAGUUACUGGAAGAUGCAUGUUGCAAGACAAAGGUAUUUAUAUCAACGUGCAUGUGUUGUACGGAUACAAUGUUAUUUCCGCUUGUGGGUGAACUGUAAAAGAUACAUCACCUUGAGAAAAACGGCAAUUUUCAUCGAGACUUGUUACAGAGCAAAAAUACUUGGCAAGAAGGAACGAGAUCACUAUAAAAAAUUGAAAAGAUCUUGUAUUAUAAUUCAACAUGGUUACCGUAGGUACAGACAACGUCGUUUGGUCAACAAAAUUUUGGAAACUGUUUCUUCUCAAAAAAAUGCUGCUUUGGUCCUUCAGCAACGACUUCGUGCUAAUAUGGCGGCCAAGAGCAUUCGUCAGCAUUAUCUUCUUUUGAAAAGAUCUUCUGUACUUAUACAAGCUUCCUAUCGUGGUCACUUAGCUCGAGCUCAUGUCGCCAGGAUUCGUUCUGCCAUCGUGAUACAGUCGUACUAUCGCGGACACUGGCAGGCAACCGAGUAUAGGGGGAUAAAAAAUGCCAUAAUCUUUGUCCAAGCUCUAGUUCGAAGGAAGCAAGCAUUUGAGAGAUAUAGAAGUCUAAAAACUACUGCGUUGGUUGUUCAAUGUCAUCGUAGAGCAGUUGUGAUUGGUUGUAGACAAAGAAAGAUGUUCUUGAAGAUGAAAAUAAGUGCUAUAAAAAUUCAAAGUUGCUAUCGAGGUUAUAGAGCAUGGAAGGCGUAUGAACUUAUAAGACAGGCUACCAUAAAGAUUCAGAGCUUUAUCCGUGGAAUAAUAGCUUUGACUAGAUAUGAGAAACUACGCAAAGCCAUUGUAAUACUUCAAACCAGAGAAAGAGCGAGAAUACGUGGAAAAGAAGAAAGAACAUCAUAUUUAAAGCUGAAAAAAUACACCAUUUCUAUGCAGAGUUUGUUUCGUGCAAAACGCGAUGAAAUGAGUUAUAUGCUUACUCGAAACACCAUUAUAAAGCUUCAAGCUAUGUUGCGUGGGAAACAUGCACGAAAAGCGUUUCAAAGAUCACGUUCAGCUGUUAUCGUGUUACAACGUGCACAACGAGCACGGAUGUUGGGAAAACGAGAACGGAUUCAAUUCAUGGAAAAACGAAAUAGUACUGUGCUUAUUCAAAGUCUUAUAAGAAUGCACUCACAGCGAACACGCUAUUGCAAAUUACGACACGCGGUAAUCAUGGCACAAACACGUUUCCGUGUGAAACGAGCGCGCAAAACUUACCAAACAAUGCGUACAGCUGCCAUAAUUAUUCAACGAGCGGAACGAGCCAGAGUUCUUGGAAAGCAACAGAGAGUGGAAUUUUUAAAACUGAAAUGCAAAGCUGUUUUAAUUCAGAGUUUGGUACGAUGUCACACACAAAGAAAACGUUAUCUUGAAAUAAAACACGCUACCAACAUCGUUCAAGCGUAUGUUCGUGGCAAGAAAACACGACGUUUUUAUAAAGAACUACGUAAAGCUCGAAGAUUUGCUCGAAAAAAAAUGAAAGCAAUCAUCAAUAUACAGAGAACGUGGCGAGGUUACAACGUUCGAAAGCGCUUCAACUCGAAGAAGUUUAGAAAACUAAGAGAGCGAAUUAUUGUGGCUAAUUCCAACGUCACCGAGUCCAUGAAGCUUUGCAAUCGUACUCGUUCUGCACUCGACUAUUUACUAAAUUGUAAGAAUUUAACAACGGUCCGUGAAGCUCUGGUUCAUCUUGAGGUCGCAACAAGAUGGACAUUCAAGUGUUCACAACAACUGGUUGAGAAUAACGCUCUCCGUGUUAUUUUCCAAAUUAUCCGAGACUCAAAUAGGAGUCUAGCUCACAUGGGAUUGAUCAAACUGGCGUUAGAUAUUUUCACCAAUGUGUCCAAGUGUCCAGCCACCCAGGAUGCCGUGGUUUUAAAAGAAGAAAAUGCAUUGGAAACCAUACUUGAACUCGCAUGUAUUUUUCGCGAGAAAAAGGAAAUUUUCCUCAGCGUUGCAAAGCUACUUACAAUUUUAUGUACUCACGAAAACGUAAGAAAGAAAUUACUGAAAACAGAAAACGCUGCAAUGAAGAUAUCUUCCAUUUACUCCAUCACAAAAAGGAAGUUUGAAAUCGAGAUGAAACGGAACACGAAGAUGAAACAACAAAAUGGCAAGGGCGGACGAUACAAGACUGAUAACAAUUAUGGUGUUGCCUUAACAGCCGUGAUCACUCUUAUGGAAACGAUAGGUUUAGAUUAUCCCGUAUAGAUAGGCUUAGAUUAUCCCGUAUAGAUAGGUUUAGAUUAUCCCGUAUAACAACCAUUACAUUCUAGUAUUUUUUAUAUUUAGGUCAAAAUUUAUGCGGCGGCAGUAUGUAAUAUAUUAUUUUUAAAUUAUUUCUUAUGCGCUCAAACUCACCGUUGUUUAACGCAGAUUUAACGCGGCAGUUUUUUAUUUUUAAACUAGCCAAAAUCAAUUGAUUAAAUUACUCGAUGGGAAA